AUGGGAUUUGCAUUUGUUACCGACUCAAGUAUAGAAGGGAUAACAUCUCUCAACAGUGAAAUGGGACACUUCAACUUUUUCUCCGUCCAUCACUUUAACAUCACCGGAGUCACUAUAACAGCUCCGGGCGAUAGUCCUAACACCGAUGGGAUCAAAAUGGGUUUCUCAAGCAACAUGCAUAUUUCGAACACUCACAUUGGCACCGGAGACGAUUGUAUAUCCAUUCUCUCUGGAACAAGUAACCUAGAUAUCUCUAACGUCACUUGCGGUCCCGGACAUGGGAUUAGUGUUGGAAGCUUGGGGAAAAACAAAGAUGAAAAAGAUGUGAAGGGAUUAACGGUAAGGGACACAAUUUUUAAUGGCACGAGUGAUGGUAUUAGGAUCAAGACAUGGGAAUCGUCAGCUUCAAAGAUCCUCGCUUCAAACUUCAUUUACGAAAUUAUCAAGAUGAUCGAUGUGGGAAAACCGAUCAAUAUCGAUCAAAAGUAUUGCCCUCAUCCGCCAUGCGAGAAGAAGGGAGAGUCUCAUGUUCAAAUCGAAGACUUGAAGUUGAAAAACAUAUACGGAACGUCAAAAAAUAAGGUGGCAGUAAAUCUACAAUGUAGCAAAAGCUUUCCUUGCAAAAAUGUUCAGCUAAUUGACAUUAACCUAAAACACAAUGGACGACAUGAGGAUGGUCCGGCUACUGCCGUGUGCCAAAAUGUUGACGGUUCUGCACGUGGGAAGAUGGUUCCUCAGCAUUGUCUGAAUUGA